GGCUGACAUCGACGCGACCAUGACAGACGCGAUAACCUGGGCAUCCACAUAUAACCAUAACAUUGAGGACUAGAUCGACAGUUCGCUCCAUGGAAAAUAUGGUGCUCAAUUAUAAGCGCCUGUGCGGAGAUUCCGAGAUAACGCUUACUGCUCCUCGGUCCGGACAACACACCAUCACCAUGGCGCCCAAGCCGUCAGUCAUUCUGACCCCAUUCAGUGUGUAUUUCCGGGUUAGGGGCUGAAUCAAUUGACAGGCGCUGGGACCGGCAACAGUAUGGCGGAGCGAGGAGGCCAAAAUAGUGAUGAUGAAUCAUAUGAGGUUAUAGAUCUGAGGGAGUAUGCAGGACGACACGAGUGGUGGGGUCGUGUUUUCGGGCAUAAUUCUGGUCCAGUUGCAGAGAAGUAUUCUGUAGCUACUCAGUUAAUGAUGGGUGGUGUAACUGGCUGGUGUGCAGGCUUUGUAUUUCAGAAGAUUGGCAAGCUAGCAGCUACAGCCAUUGGAGGUGGAUUCCUUUUGAUGCAGGUUGCAAAUCACAGCGGCUACAUUAAAGUGGAUUGGAAAAGAGUUGAAAAAGAUGUAAAUAAAGCCAAACGACAAUUGAGAAAAAAAGCAAACAAAGCUGCUCCUGAAAUCAACACUUUUAUUGAAGAGUCAGCUGAAUUUGUAAAGAAGAAUAUCGUGCUGACAAGUGGUUUUGUUGGAGGCUUUUUAUUGGGACUGGCCUCUUAAAGAAUUUCUGACUGUACAUACACAGUGACAACAAUGAAGACAAAACUACAGUUUGUUCCUGAAAAUAUAAUGCACCAAACCAACAAUACUAGCACGUCAGUAUUGCAGCUUCCUAAGGCACAUUGGAAAGUUCAAGCCACACAACUAAGUAUUAAAAGGACAAAAAAUAAUUAUCCUGCACUUGUAAUUUCAGUUCAUUGAAUUGAUUUGGUAUAAUUUGUGGGUGUUAAUUUUCGUAUUUGUGUUUUUAAUUGUACUGUAUAUUUUUUCUCAUUAUUAGUUCAUGCUGUAAACUUCUUUACAAGCCAAAAAUGCUAUAUUUUCUGUUGUUUAGACUUUUUACACAUAUUUAAAAUUUUAAAAAAGAGAUCUAAUUUAUAUAUAAAGAGCUUAUUAUGUCUAUCUCUAAUUUAGUCUGGGGCUCUGUCAUAUCUUCACAUAAUGCAAUUCAGUCAUACUUAUUUUUAUUAAUUAAAAACUGCUUUAGAUUUCACUAUUGAUUUUAAACUCAGUCAAACAAGAAUAAUUUAGCAAAUAUUGUUUACAUUUAUACUCAUCCUAUCUAACCAGCUCUGUUUUAAAAUGCUUCCAAGAAAAACACAGUUAAGGUCUUUUGCUACUCAAGCUUUUGUCACUGAAUAUAAGAUGAGCAAUUUCAUUUAGUUGGUUGUUUAAUGUUAGUAGCCACUGUUGCAGUUUUCAUGGACAGUGUUUUGUUCUGUAUUUUUUUUCAUCCACCCAAUGAAUUAAUCAGAGCAGGUUAUUCAUUUUUAAUCAAAUGGCUGUAAUGCAUGAUUGUACAUAAUAAUCUUUCCCAAGAUAUAACAAGAUCAUGCAAGGCAACUUGGGAAGGAAUCAAUCACUCUAGUAUAGACUGGCCAGAGGACUUAAAUUGUAAUUCUCAAUUUAGUUUGCCACAAAUGGCGCUAUUUGAAAAAAAUCUUAAGAGUUCGGCCAGUGUCCUGGGCAUUUAAAAUUAUCUGCUUGGGGAGCCUGCUGUGGACAAAACUGCUAUAAGAUUUCAAAAACUACUUGUUAGUUAUAAGACAUUAUAGAACAUUGUCACCAUCAAAGACAUUAUUUACACACGUUUGUUCUUUAGAUGGCUCUUCCAACUCCCAUUUUCAUAAGUAAUUAGAACUUGACUCCAAGGUGCAAUUUACAAAUUUUUCAGUAAGAGCAAAUUAGUCGCUGGUGAACUUUCAAAAUGACUGUGCAGCUUACAAACAAAUUGCAAAAUAGUACAUUUUCAGUGGAAGUAUAAGGACGCCACAUAUGGCUUAGAAAAUAAAUCUGUAAAUGGGGUCGAAGAACGGGAUCCUUUGGGCUCAGAUACACAAAUCACUAAAGUAGCAACACAGAUAAAUGAGAGCAAAAAAAAAAUAAGGGUAGUGGAGUUAAGUUCUAUAGGGUUGGAAAUGAAAAGAUCAAGUUUGGUUCUGGUUAUCAUCAAGAGGGAUACGGAGGCACGGAGAGAUAACCAUGAGGUGUGAUUUAACAAGAUUAGGUUCUUUUCCUUAAAAUUAAAAAAGCCAAUGUUGUUCCUUUGUUUAAGAAGGGCAACAGGGACAAAUCAGGAAAUUAUAGACCGGUAAGCCUUACAUUAGUGAUAGGGAAAUUAUUGGAGAAGACUCUUAGGGAUUGGAUUUACUCACAUCUAGAAAAGCAUGGGGUUAGGAAUUGUUAACAUAGCUUUGUGCAAGGGAGGUCAUAUCUUACAAAUGAGUUUUAUGAGGAGGUGAUGGAGAUGAUUGAUGAGGGGAGGGCAAUGGAGGGUUGUCUACAUGGACUUCAGUAAAGUAUUCAACAAGGUCUCUCAUGGUAGGCUGAUCCAGAAGAUUAAGGCACAUGGGAUUCAUAGAGACUUGCAUCUGACCUCCUAAAGUGCAACACCACACACUUAAGCAAAUUAAACACCAUCUGCCAUUUCUCUGCCAAUAUUUUCAACUGAUCUAUAUCCUGCUAUAUCCUUUAACAACCUUAUUCACUACCUACAACUCUGCUGAUUUUUGUUUUAUAUUUCAAAGUAGAACAUUUGAUAAAUAUGUUUAUCAAUUUGCAUUAAAGAAUGCUUGACAAGUACAGAAAGAUA